CGUGGCGCGAACCAUGUGUCGACUCAAAACUUAUCAAUAACAAACUCGGAAGGAGGCCUGCAAUCCUGAAGUUUGGGCGUUAUUCAUUAAAAUGUCGGAGCUAUUACGCGAACCCACGGAGGAGCAGAUAAAAGUACCGAGGGCAACCUGUAGCUACGACAACCAUUGCUCGCAGUUUCUGGUCAAAGAACGCAACUACAGUCGACAAUAUGCUCACUUGUACGCACAACGUUUGAAAUGCUUUUAUCCAACACUGGAAAAGACAGUUAGAAGAAAAUGGGGAAGCGAUGUUAAUAUUCGGAAGUUGUUUGAAUUGAAGAAAGGUGAAAAAUGCUGCGUGAUAGGAACCAUAUUCAAAAGUAUGGAAUUAAGACCAAAUAUUCUCAGAGAAAUUAGUGAUGAGCAUAAUUUAAUGCCGCAGCCUGUGAGAGAGAAGUAUAUUAGCGACAAAGACACACUCAUUCUAGAAGAUGAUUUACAGAGGAUAUCAUUGGUCGACAACAUUGAUGUCUCCAAAGCAAUCAUAGGAACAGUUGUAGCUGUUUUAGGAAAAGAAGGCGACUCAAGUAAGUUUGAGGUGGAGGAGUACUCAUUUGUUGACUUACCAGCACAGAUACCUGCUGCACCACCGGAACAGGACAGGUUUGUACUGCUGGCGUCUGGACUAGGAGUUGGCCAAACAGGUCAACACCUAAUGAAUCUACAGAUGAUGGUUGACAUGGUAACUGGUAACUUAGGUGAUGUUGAUGAUCAGAAGAUGACUGCAAACAUUGUGCGAGUCAUCAUUGCCGGUAACAGUCUAAGCGUUAAAAAUCAGGAUAAAGGCGCUAUGACAAUGGCCAAGUACUUGACUAGGAAUACAUCUCCAAUCAGCAGUGCUGCAGUCAAGAACCUGGAUGAUAUUUUGGCACAACUGGUGGCAGAAUUGUUUUGCCUGCCUUGUUUAACUUUUAUUGUGAUGCAAUAUGUUUCUAUACCAGUUGAUGUAAUGCCAGGGGAGCAGGACCCUGCUAACUUCACCCUCCCCCAACAGCCCCUUCACCGGUGUAUGUUCCCUCGCGCGAAAGUCUACUCAUCUUUAAACCUGGUAACCAAUCCUUAUGAGGCAUCAAUAGGCAGUUUUAGAUUCUCGGGUACUUCGGGGCAGAAUGUUGAUAGUAUUUACCGCAUCACGACGAUAGAUGACCGAAUGGAGAUCCUAGAAACGACGCUAAGAGCUGGACAUAUGGCGCCAACUGCACCUGAUUUGUUAGGUUGUUAUCCAUAUUUCAACAAUGACCCUUUUAUCUGUACCACCUGCCCCCAUGUCUAUUUCGCUGGAAACCAGCCAAAGUUUCAAACCAAAAGAUUAACAGAUUCUUUAGGCAAGAAGAUUACGCUGAUAUGUAUCCCAGAAUUCCACUCUACCCAUACAUGUGUACUGCUUAACCUUCGAACUAUGGAAUGUCAACCUUUGACCUUUGAUAGUGACAUAGUGGAGGAACCGUGUGAUGUUGAAAUGGCGGAUGAGGAUGCAAUUGAGAAGUGAUGAUCAGUUAGGCUUCCAAUGUCAAAUACAAAUAAAGCCUUUGUUGAGCUAAUAAUGUUUAAGUAUAUUAAUACCUUAGCCACGAGGUUAUGCAGACCUGGGGCAAAUGCAGGAUUUGGUGGUAAGGGGUGUGUGUAGUGGAGUAUAUGAGAGUCCACACUACCUCAGCCUCACAGGUUGGGGCUGAAGUUAGAAAAUUGCACUCUCAUAGUAGAUAUAAUUUCAUUUAUUUUCAUAUCAACAAUACAAUAUUUUUUUCGUAAUACUAUUUAGGGGUGUGCGAUCACAUUGUCUGCUACACCCCCUGCAUCCGCCCCAGCAGACCCUAUUUUGAGUAACUCCCAUUUCAAAAACAUGCAUCUUCAUUAAACAGUACAGUACCACAUAAUUUUUGGUAUUAAUUAUUUAAUGUACAGUUCACGCAGUGACAAAAAAUACUCUGAUGCUUAUAACCGCCAUGAAAUUGAGUAAUGCUAUCAGCAUUUGUGACCAGCUGCUACAGUAUAUGAGUUAGCGAAUGCCACCAAGCACAAGAUUCCAGGGAUUUCAAGUUGGAAGCAAUCCCUUUCGGUCGCUCUGGUUUAAAUGAACGUUUGUAACAUGAUUAAUUUUAUUGCGAGACAAUUUAGAAAACAGUAGUAAAAACAUGAUUUUGCGGGCGAUUGUUUAUUUUUCGGGAGAUUUUUGUUCGCUAACGAGAUUGUGGAAAGACUGUCCCGAAUUUCAGGAAACUCAAGUGACAACUCCCGGGAAACUUGAAAGCAGUGAGAGUGAAUUUUCAGCUGUUUUUUUUUUUUUUUUUAAUACUGUACUGUAAAUAUGAUUGUUAGGAUAUUUUGUUUUUGGCAAAUAACAAUGUAUUACUAUAAGAUAAUAAUACUAUAAGAUAUUAAUAUACAUUACUGUAUGUAUUUAUUUUUUUGGUAUUCUAAAUAGAUAAUAUCUAUAUAAACUAAAAUUGUUUCAUGCUUUUUUAAUUUUUACUAUUAGAUUUUCAUAGCUUUAUUUGCUAUUUUCAAAUUUAUUUAGAAUAUUGCUAUUAUUUUUAAUUUUAUACUGUAUAUUGUAUUAAACUCAAUUACUUAUUAUGUACAAUUUCUAUCCACAACAGUGGAUGGUAGAUAAAAAAAAUAACAGUACGGAACCACAAUCAUAAUAAACUUGCAUUUUGUGACACGUUUAAGUGCAUAAAUCUCUAUUA